UGCCGCGGAGGCGGCCAUGCUGCGGCUGUGGCCGCUGGCCCGGGGCAGCCUCGGCCGGGUCUGCCCGCCCCGGGAGCGGAGCCUCCUGUGCCGGCUGGCGGCGGAGGAGGCCGGGGUCCGCCCCUGAAGACGCCGAAGGGCACCCGUGACCACCCUCCCGCUCACGUAGUGCUCCGGGACCGCCUCCUCGCCGCCGUGGUGGCUGUUUUCAAGCGGCACGCUGCCGCCAUCGACACCCCUGUGCUGGAGCUGCAGGAGACGCUGACGGGGAAGUACGGGGAGGAGACGAAGCUGAUCUAUGAGCUGCAGGACCAGGGGGGGGAGCUGCUGGCCCUGCGCUACGACCUGACCGUGCCCUUUGCUCGUUACCUGGCCAUGAACAAGAUCAGGAGGAUGAAGAGGUACCAGGUGGCCAAGGUCUACAGGAGGGACAACCCAGCCACCUCCCGAGGCCGCUACAGGGAGUUCUACCAGUGUGAUUUUGACAUCGCUGGGUGGUUCGACCCCAUGCUCCCUGAUGCUGAGUGCCUGAAGAUCCUCCACGAGGUGCUGAGUGACCUGCAGCUGGGGGAGUUCCUCAUCAGGGUCAAUGACCGCCGGAUUCUGAGCGGUGUGUUCACCCUCUGUGGUGUCCCAGAGAGCAAAUUCAUCACCACCUGCUCCACUGUGGACAAACUGGACAAGAUGCCUUGGGAAGAGGUGAGGAGUGAGAUGGUGGGAGAGAAGGGGCUCUCUCCAGAGGUUGCAGAUGGCAUUGGGGAGUACGUCCAGCUCCACGGAGGCUUGGACCUGAUCGAGAGGCUGCUGCAGGACCCCAAGCUGUCCCAGAACAAGGUGGCCAAGGAGGGGCUGGGGGACAUGAAGCUGCUGUUUGAGUACCUGACACUGUUUGGCAUCACGGGGCAGAUCUCUUUCGACCUGAGCCUGGCACGGGGUCUGGACUAUUACACGGGGGUGAUCUUUGAGGCUGUGCUGCUGCAGCAGGAGAACCACCCCGGGGAGGAAGCGCUGAGCGUGGGGAGCGUGGCCGGAGGCGGCCGCUACGACGGCUUGGUGGGAAUGUUUGAUCCCAAGGGAAGGAAGGUGCCCUGCGUGGGGGUCAGCAUUGGCAUCGAGAGGAUCUUCUCCAUCCUGGAGCAGAGAGUGAAGGCUUCUGGGGAGAAGGUUCGGACUACUGAGACACAAGUCCUGGUGGCCACUCCUCAGAAACAUCUCCUGGCUGCAAGGCUGAAGCUCAUCUCUGAGCUGUGGGAUGCAGGGAUCAAGGCAGAGAUGUUGUACAAGAAGGAUCCCAAACUGCUGAAGCAGCUGCAGUAUUGUGAGGACACGGAUCCCCUGGCUGCCAUUAUCGGGGAGCAAGAGCUGACAGAUGGAGUGGUCAAGCUGCGAGACGUGGCGACCAGAGAGGAGGUGGACAUCCCAAGAGAAAAACUUGUUGAUGAGAUCAGGAGGAGGCUGGAGCCCUAGGAUUUCUGUGGCAGAACCACUUGACUGACCUGCUGCUGUACAAUGGCACUGGAGACAUUUCCUUCCCACCGAGGUCUGCUCACCACCUCCUGCCCAGGCCAAGGCAGUGUCACCAGGAGGUGUCUGCCCAGAAUGGAGCAGGACAGGUUGAGAAGCUGUGGACAAGUAUUCCACAAGCUGUGGACUAGGAGUCACCACCCAGCAACCUGCUCUGAAGGACAGAUCAACCUCGAGGGCUCCUGGUCUGGGAGAGCCAUGUCCAGGUGGCACGAGCACGAAUGGAUGUGGUGGGAUUCCAGUGGGAUCAGGUUGAGUCUUGGGGUGGGGGGAUCUGUGCUGUGGUGCCUGCAGGCUCAGGAAUUUAGGGAGAGAGUGACAGGAGGAGUUCCUCCCCACCCUUCUGAGGGCUGCAAGGGCCAACUCCAGCCUGAAGCUGGGCUCUGCCUCCACUGGGCUGUGGCACCAGUUUGGGGGUGCAGGGACCCCUCAGGGAGGGGACAGAGUGGGGGCUGGUGUGAACUGCCUGGGGAGGCUCUGUAUGGGGACAGUGUGGAGGAACUCUGUGUUUUGCUGUAUUUCUGGUGGUUGACUCCUGCUGGAUGCCAGGUGUCCAGCAAAGCUGCUCUGUCACUGUCAGCUGGACAGGAACUGUCCCAAAGGCUCAGGAUCUGAACACUCAGCAACAAGUGCCACGGGCAGAAGAGACUCAGCUUUUGGAGAAAGGAGUUUAAUUUCUUGUGAAUCGAUCAGAGAAGGGUAAUGAGAAAUAAAAAGAGGGCUUUAAACACC